AUGCUAAGCUGAAAAUGUAUCACUAGCUAUUUAUUACGAGCUUUACGAUUGGUGACUCUUUUUCUCGUACCCGUCUCUAAUGUCUAAUCUCCCUUUGGACGGUCAGGAUCACUGCAACUCCCAGACUCCCAGGUUAGGGUAUUCCGGGAAAUCAAGGAGAAGCAGAGAUAUCCAGAGGAGAAAAGAAUCAAGGAAUCAAAACAGGGGUUUAAGGCCGCUGCCGCUGCUGCUGCUGCCAUGGCGACGGCGGUGCGAUUCCUGCGCAAGACGCUGCGAGCAAACCAGGCAGCAUCUCGUUUGCUAUCUACCUCUCGCAGUUUACUUGGGCGUGCUGCAUACACUACAGGAGGAAUAAUCGACGUUGGCCAACCAACACCCAUAUCUCAUCCUGAGUUAUUAGCUGAUGAGGAGAUUACACCAGGCAUCACAAGUGAAGAGUACAUCUCUAGAAGAAAAAGGCUUCUGGAUGCUUUACCGGAGAAUAGCUUGGCCAUUAUUGCAUCUGCAGAUCAGCAGAUGAUGACUGAUGUAGUGCCGUACUCAUUUAGACAGAAUGGUGAUUACCUGUACAUUACAGGUUGUACACAACCUGGUGGUGUUGCAGUUUUGAGUAAGGAAACUGGUUUAUGUAUGUUCAUGCCUGAUACAUGUAAGGAGGAUGUAGUUUGGCAAGGUCAGACUGCCGGAGUUGAAGCAGCCGUGGAUUUCUUCAAAGCAGACAAAGCAUUUUCUGUUAGUGAGAUGAAAAAGAUCCUUCCUGAAAUGAUUGAGCAAUCAAAAGUGGUGUAUCACAAUGCAAAGGCAUCCACAUCUUCUUAUAGGAAUUUUGAUGCCUUCCGCAGGGCAUCACUCAACAAAAAAGUAAAAGAUCUUACAUGUUACACUGAUGAAUUGCGGUGGAUCAAGUCAAAAUCAGAAAUCAAGUUGAUGAGGGAGUCUGCAUCUAUUGUUUCUCAGUCUCUUGUGCAGACAAUGUUGCUCUCGAGGACCCACAGGGAGGAAAGCCAGUUAGCAGCUAAAAUUGAGUAUGAGUGCAAAAUGAGAGGUGCCCAAAGAAUGGCGUUUCAUCCUGUAGUUGGUGGUGGAGCAAAUGGCAGUGUUAUACACUACUCAAGAAAUGAUAAGAAGAUCAAAACGGGUGAUCUUCUGCUCAUGGAUGUUGGAUGCGAGUACCAUGGCUACCUAAGUGAUUUGACGCGAACAUGGCCACCCUGUGGCAGAUUUUCAGCUGCUCAGGAAGAAUUGUACAGCCUAAUACUGGAGACAAAUAAGGAAUGCAUAAAGCUUUGUAAACCAGGCACGAGCAUUGAUGAGAUUCACCGUCAUUCGGUCAAGAUGUUGAUAAAAGGAUUCCAAGAACUCGGGAUUAUAGGGAAGGGCAAAUCCAUCCAAUACAAUUAUUUGAAUCCAACCGCAAUAGGUCAUUCGUUGGGAAUGGAUAUUCAUGACUCCACAACCCUUAGCAAGGACAAACCUUUGGAGCCAGGCGUUGUAAUAACCAUCGAACCCGGGAUCUACAUCCCGCCGGUCCCGAUCCUCAACGAGAACGCCCCGGAGAGGUACCGCGGCAUCGGAAUAAGGAUCGAGGACGAGGUCCUCAUCACCGAGACGGGCCACGAGGUCCUGACGGCGUCGGUGCCCAAGGAGAUCCCCCACUUGACCACCCUGAUGAACAUGGGCGUUGGUAACUCCAUGAGGGCGGCCCAUGACCAUGAUGAGCCGCGAGCUGCGUGCAGUUGAGAGGCUGGGCGAGUUGAGAGGCAGAUCAUGGCUGGGAUAUACAUGCAUUCCAUUCUGCAUUCAUUCUUGUGGAAGCUGUGUGGUGAGAUCUCAGCUGGGGCAGGGAUGUAGGCAGUAGAAACUUUUUGUUGGAAAAAGAAAAGGACUGUAGAAACGGGAACUUGUUCUGUUUUUUCCGCCGGUUCCCGUUGAAAAUCUUUAUGAUUUCGUUUCAUUGAUGGAACUGUAAUGGAAAAAAAGAACAGAAAGCAUAUUUUCAUGCAAACAAAAAAAGGGAAAUUGCUAGUAGUAUA